AUAAACGUAAUCAAUGUACAGUUAAUUUUUUUUUUCUUUUAGGAAUAACCUUCGAGCAAAAGAAAACUAGUUACAAAUAUAAGAGAACAUUUUCUUGCUCUAACACUAUAAUUUAUUAAAUUUCCUAUCAUGUGCUCAAAGAAUUUCAGCCCUUCAAGUCCACAAAGCUGAAGCUUAAACCUACAAUACAAAGAAGAGAGCAGUAGAAAGAAGAUAGUCAUAUUUCAAUUAAAAUGCAGUACUUUCAAGACAAGCUAUGACUUAAGUUUUUCACAUAAAUGAGUGAGUGACCAAGGUAGAUAAAGCAUCAAACCACAUAACACAAAACACUACAAGGUAACCUUUUCAGGUAAGAACUUUCCACCAUAUGGAUCAGCAACAUAGACCUUACCUGGCUUGUAGCUACCAAUGAUAGUGCCAAGAAUGAUCUGCUUGUUCAAUUUCAUCAUGGUAUGAAACAAAGCCUCAACAUAACAUAAUCAAAUUCCCCACUUAAAUAUCCUACAAAGUUUAAUCAUUAUUUACACGAAGAGAGCUGAAAGGGAAUUGAACUGAAGGGUCUUUCUUCACUGUCUGUCUACUUAGCUACUCCAAAAAUGAAACAUGGACACUGGACAGAAGCUUUUAGCCUAAAUGGAAAACACAUGCCAGCUAAAAUGGAUGUUGUCCUAAAUGGCCAUGAAGUACAAUACUAACAUGAAACAUUUUUGUAAUGGAUACAAUAAGCAUAACAAGGACUGAAUAAAGAAAGCAUAGUAAAAAGAACUAAAAUCAAGGACUCAGUAAUGAAAGCAUAUCAAAUAGAACUGGAAUGAUGGAGAGGGUGAUUGGUCCUUUACCCCUGCACAUGUUGAAAAGAGCAGACGACAAGGAAAACUGGAUUGGCCAGAAAGGCUGCAUCUAGGGAAAGUGUUAGAGCAGUAAUGAAGCUACAUAGACUGCAUAAUUUGAUAAUGCAGUACUUGGAUAAUUCUACAGGAGAGGAAGGGUUUCGUUUUGCACCAACGACUCGGACAUCAGCAGCUCCAACUACAGCAAAAAGUGCAACUAUCAAUCAUAUUUUUCCCAUUACAAAGGGGAAAACAACAACUCUACAAAACAGCAGAAGCAGUCUACCAAUGAGCGAGCAAAAGCACUCUUUGCAAAUGAACCUAGAAUCUCAAAAUGUGCAGAAUAGAACAAGAACAUGAUAGACACCCUGCCACAACAAAUAAGGGUUAAUUCCCUAAAUAUUGUUUUUUUUUUAAUUUACCACGAAUAUAGUGUUUUUAAAGUAUUUACAAGAAUAUUGUGUUUUUUGAUAUGUUUAAAGCGCCGAAGCCUUAGACUCAGGCGCUGCCGCUGGAUGCUUUUUUAACAAACAAAAUACAGCGGCGCCGCCCCAGACUGGGGCUUUGUCGCUGCCAUUUUGUUCCACUCCAGCACCACCCCUCACCAUAUAUACUGCACCUUUCCUUCGGUUCUUCAUCACCAAAAAACUGAAAGAAGUUCUGAAAGAAGCUCUGGUGUUGCUGUCUGGUUGCUGGAAGAUGGCUAAUAACAGGUAAGAGUCGUAUUUAUUUUUUUCAUGUAUUCAUCAUAAUGAUUUUGUCUAGUUAGCAAUUAGUGAGUUUGUUUUUUAUGUAGUGAUUUUAGAAGAUUUGAACUAGCUGUUCGGUGGCGAUCAGAGAAAGUAGAAGACAAUUUGGGUGUCCAUUUUGUUGGUGGUCUAAGUUUCCAGAUGACUAUUCCAUCCAGGGUGAACUAUCAGAAACUUUGUGAUCAUCUAAUUCGGAGAAUACGGAUUAGAGACGAAACAGUACAAGAUAGUGUUGUGAUUACAGGUUUCACCUACUGUCUUCCAGAAUGGCAGAAUGGUGUUUUAUUUCAUUAUGCAAUGCCUAUUGUCGAUGAUGAUAGCUUAAAUGUGCUUUGGAAUUUUAUGGCACAAAAUCCUUAUUGUUUGGAUGCUAAGAUACAUGCUGAGCUCAGUGAGGAUCGGGGUGGAGAGGAAGACGAUGAUGGCGGUGAUGACACAUGGAGCAUGUCAUCCGAUCAUGAUUAUGAUGACGGUGAUGACAGAGAUGAGGAAGACGAUGAUGAGGAGGAGGAGGACGAUGACGACGGGCAGGGAGGAGAACAACCUAAUAUUCCUCCAUAUUUUUACUUGCAGGGUAAUGAAGAGGACAAGGAAUUAUCAUAUGCUGAUUCAUAUGGCGUAAUUCCAGGGUCUACUGGUUGUGGUUUUGGUGGAGAAUUCUACAAGGGGAAAAUAUUUCACUCGAAACAAGCUGCACAGGUGGCGAUGAAACACUAUGCACUACAACGCAACUUUCAGUAUAACGUGGUGGAGUCGUCACCUUCAAUCUGGAAGAUCAGAUGUUUGAUGCACAAGGAGGACAAAUAUCCUUGGAUGGUGCGGUUUGGAUGUCGAGAAAUGGGAGGCGAUUGGAGCGUGAGAAAGGUCGAGUUGGUUCAUACUUGUAGCAGUACGACUCAACCGACGGAUCAUCGCCAUCUUGAUGUCGACGUGAUAUCUGAGGCCGUCAAACACUUGGUAUGUGCCCAACCAAAUCUGAGUGUUCUAACUGUUCAGGCCGAGUUGAAAGAUAAGUUUAAUAUGUAAGUUACUUACAAGAAGGCUUGGUAUGGGAAACAAAGAGCAUUGGAGAAGUUGCAUGGAAAUUGGGAAGAAUCCUAUGAUUUUUUGCAAACAUUCUUGCGGGUGGUCAAGAGAAAAAUGCCAACAUUGGUGAUUCAUUGGGUAAGAGUUCCUUCAACUCAACCAGGUCAUUCAAUAUUUCAGCGAGUAUUCUGGGUUUAUGGACCUUGUAUAGAUGGAUUCAAGAAUUGUCCAGGCGUUAUGGUUGUUGAUGGAACAUUUCUUACUGGGAAGUAUAAAGGAGUGCUACUCAUGGCGAGCUCAUUUGAUGGACGGAAGAAGAUUUUUCCAAUUGCAUUUGCCAUAGUGGAGAGUGAGAAUACUGAUAGUUGGCCAUGGUUCAUAAGUCACGUUCAGGGUUUGACUGAUCGAAAUGAUGUAUGCAUCAUCUCAAAUAGACAUGCAGGACUCUAUGAAGCCAUGAAUAACAUCGGAAGAGGUUG